AUGGCCCCAGCAUCAAACGCCAAGGCCAACUACAAGACCUACGAGGCUCAGGCCCGUAUGGUCCGCGCUAUCGUCGCUGCGCACCCCGAUGUCAAGUGGAACUACAAGGAAAUCGCCGCCUGUUAUGGCUCUGAUAUGACUGAUCAUGCCCUGAACCAUCGUUUCCGAAAGGUUCGGGCUGCGACCAAUAUCAUCAGCAUUGCGCGUGCCCAGGGCUACGAUAUGAAGGAUAUGUCCACCGACGAGAACCUGCUCCCUUCUACCCAGCAAGGCAUCGACAAGAACAACAUUGCCAAAUACUUUGGGCAAUCCACCACCGACGGAAUUCAGUUCCAGUUCCGCACCAUCAAGAAGGACGCCGAGGCUCUUCGUCAAACUGCUAACAAUGGCGGUGAUGUUGCCGGCUGCCUGAAUCUCGGUACAGGUGCUGGUCCCAACACUCCUUCGAAGCCUACUCCCGCCCGGAGCCAAGUAAGCCGCUCAGGAAAGGGAUCCAAGCGCAAGAGCUCCCUUCCAGUUCAUCCUAUCAAGCGCUCCGAUUCGGAUGAGGAAGACGAGGAUGACAUGAACUUUGACGAGCUUGACUACACUCCGUCCAAGAGAACCAAGACCACUGGCCGUGGGGUCACUCCUCGCACAGCUGGCCGGAAAGCCGCUGCUACUAUCGCCGAAUCUUCGACCCAGUAUCCAGACAGCGAGUCCCCCAACGAAGACGCACCCACUCCUACACCUGCCGCUGCUGGCCAGUAUACUUACGCUGGCCAUGGCGGUCACGCCAGUCAUGCUGGUCACCCUGCCGCCAGCGCCGCGACAUUUGCUCCUGUUCCCGCAGUCUCAAUCUUUGGCAACGUUGAACGCAAGCCUUCUAUGCCGAUUCCGGCGCCGACUGUGACUGCCACCCCUGACAGUCUCAGUAUCUUUACGUCUGGCCGAUCAGAGUUCCCUGGCGCUUUUCCGGACGACAGCAACGUUCUCGAACCUCCUCCCGAUGACGAACACUAUUUCGACUGGGGCAAUGGAGAGAUCUAA